CAGGAAGAUCUCUCCACUGCUCAGAAGCAGUCACUCUUGCUUGUGAGGAGGGCCCUGUGAGGUUGCUGCUCAUCUUCCAGCUCUUGCGCUGCUGGCCAGGACACAUACACGGAGACAAUGGGAAACCUCGAGGGACACCUGCUGCCAGGGGUGAUCUUCCUCCUCUACUCACUCUACUACUCACUGCUGGCGUCCUUGGCCUUGCUACGGGGACAGAGGUUUUUCAAGGCCCCUGUACCCCCAAGGGAGAAGCGAGGACACAGGUGGUGGAAGUGGGUACCUGUGGAAGGACUGGUGAAGAUCAUCAUCAGCCUGACUGGCAUUAUGUCUGAGUUCUUCUACCCUCCAGGAGUCAACCGGCUGAAGAUAGUAGACUGGGAGGACCCUCAGCGGCCAUUCUUAUUCUCAAACAACUGGCAGCAUGUCACCAUGUAUGGGUUCUUCCUGCUCAGUGGCAUAGUGGACGUUGUGAGCCAGUCAUGCCAGGCACGGCAGAGCAUGAAGCUGGAGCGAGCAGCUGAGGCCCUGGCCUGCUGUACACUGGCACUGCUGAUGGCAUCCCACGUUGAACACAAGGACGCCCUGGAGAUCCGCCUGCACAUUCUCUUCAUAGUCCCUGCCUUCCUGGUCGGCCUGGUGCUCAUCAUCGAGGUGUGGGUCCCUGACCAGCCCUCACUCUGGUUCCUCAAGUCCUGGAUGGGACUGGUGUUCAGCACCUGGCUGCUGCAGAUCUGCUUGGUGCUGUAUGUUCCUCCCUCUGGGAAGCCCUGGAGAUCAGAAAAUCACAUGGACCUCGCCUUCCUCACCAUCUUCUUCUGCUGGCACCUGGUUUUAGGGGCAGCUGUGCUGGCUGCUGUCUAUGGCAUCUGCAGCCUAUGGCAUCAUCGCUGUUCCUCAGGGACAGAGGCCUCAGGUGCCAAAUACCAGCCAUGCCCCACAGGCUACAACAGUGAAGAGCUGGAGAAACUCAGGGCAGGGGCUGAGCUGCUGCAUGAGGGUGUCUAGGUUUAGAAUCUGUGUUUGUUUUCACUUUUUGUAAUAAAAGUUUUGAGGUUGCCCAUUGAGUGCAUAGCAUGGGGCCUGCAAUGUGGCUUUUCAUCACAGUAAUCAUCUUCCUUGUUCCUAAAUAAACCAUCAGGCUCCUAGCAGCAAUUUUGCCACCAACUGGAUCUCUCCAGGUCUGUCUCUUUCCUGUCACAUUCCUAUCUCUAUCCUGUCUCUUUCCUAUUCACGAUGGUUCCUUGCCAUUUGCUUACAUGAAGUGGAAGAAGGAGCAGUGCUUUUCUCUGACAGCUUUUGGGAUCCAAGAGGAGAAAAUGAAAAGAGAAAACAGAGGUAGAUAGAGUAUCACUGGGGACCUGAAGAGGGUUCUGUCCAUCUGAGGCAAGGCUGGCUGUGUGUGUGUGUACGUGCAUGUGUGUGUGUGUGUGUCUGCAGCUGAAGUGCUUCACACAGUGUGUGUGUGAAAGAGGGGAUCCAGUUUUGCAUAAAGGUGAGGGCUUCCGUUUUCUUUAUUACUCCCUGUUCUUUGUUUACACUAAGUGUAGCAGGAUUAAGAACUUGUUUUGUUGUUGUUUUUUAAUCUAAACUGAAUGAAGCUACUUCUGCUUCAGAGGGAGUAAGGCAGGAGGGGAAAGAAGUAGCAGAUAAUUUAGCAGAGAAUUAUGUCUGGGGAGAAAGGAGGCAAGAGAGAAAUUCUCAAAAGUGGUUGUAAGAAAUGAGAAUCAUACUUAUAUAAUUUUGCUUGUUUGUUUUCUGCUGUGAUAUAAAACAACUCCAGUGUUCCUCCUUGUUC